UCACAAGAAAAACAUUCUAUUGUUUGUUAAAUAAACUACGCGAGAUCUUAGCCGGUUUAAAACCCUCCAACUCUUUUUCAUCAUCAUCAUCUUCUUCUUACUUUGUUAACUGAAAAAAAAAAACUCAACUUAGGGCUAAAAAAACCAGAUCUCUCUCAAUCGUGAUCAAUGGAAGCUCAAUGCAAUGGAUUGUUGCAAUAAGAAAUCGGAUUCUUGGACGGAUUUUGGAGCCUUUUGAUUGAUUGAUUUUAGUUUUUUGCUUUUCUUCGAAACUGGUGUCCGAUGGAGUCAUCUAUUUGGAGCCGUAAUGCCAAGUCGGAUGUGUGCCACUUCCUUGUGGCGGUUCACUUCGCGCUCGGUUUCGUUGUCGCCAGGUUCUUCCUUGACAAAUUCAUUUUUCGUAGGCUGGCCAUCUGGUUGUCGAGUAAUGGAUAUGCUCCUUUGAAGAUGAAUGAGGCUACACAAGCAAAAAUUGCAAAAUGCUCAGAAUCUAUGUGGAAGCUAGCAUAUUAUGCUACUGUUGAAACAUUUAUUCUGAAAAUAACCUACCAUGAGCCAUGGUUCACAGAUACAAAACAGUACUUCAGAGGCUGGCCAGAUCAAGAGUUGAAGCUAUCCCUAAGCCUUUUCUACAUGUGCCAAUGUGGGUUCUACAUUUAUAGCAUUGCUGCACUCCUUACUUGGGAGACUCGAAGGAAGGAUUUUGCUGUGAUGAUGUCCCAUCAUGUAAUUACUGUAAUCCUGAUUGGAUACUCAUACAUUACAAGCUUUUUCCGCAUUGGUUCAAUUAUCCUUGCCCUACAUGAUGCAAGUGAUGUGUUUUUGGAAGCGGCUAAAGUUUUCAAGUAUUCCGAGAGAGAGCUUGGAGCAAGUGUGUGCUUUGGAUUAUUUGCCAUCUCCUGGCUCUUGCUGCGUCUGAUAUUCUUUCCAUUUUGGGUCAUUAAAACCUCAAGCUAUGAUGUUCGGGAGUUUUUAAAUCUUUCGGAGUCAUAUCCCAUGUCCCUAUACUAUGUUUUCAAUACUAUGUUGCUGAUGCUACUUGUGUUCCAUGUGUACUGGUGGUUUCUCAUUUGCUCAAUGAUCAUGAGACAAUUGAAAAAUAGAGGAAAAGUUGGAGAAGACAUUAGAUCUGAUUCUGAGGAUGAUGAUUAGACAGAAGAUUUCAUUUAUUUUGGUUCGGCUUUUGCCUGCGAUAUUAAGCCCUGAGGAGAUCAUCUGUUUUAGGUUCGUCUCUUCACUGUGAUUGGUCAUUACUUUGGAUGAAAAAUUCCCUAUCGGUUUUGAUUUUUUAAUUGAUUCUACUCGGGGUCAGAGGGUACAGCUGAAGAAGUCCGGUGGACGAUGAAUCCACGUCUUGAUUUCUUUUUUGCUGUAAUAGGCAAAUUACUGUAUAAAUUUCGCUGGAUAAACUCAUGUUUUAGGAUUAUUAAUCAUCAUAAGGGGAAAUGAAUACAAGGGCUAAAGUGAAGCAACACCGUAUUUUUGUUGAAUUUGUUACUCUCUCUGCUAGCAUUAACGUUGGAAUCAAUACCAUAUUUAAGACUUUAAGUCA